AUGCCAUCACGCCUCUUACAAAGCACACCCUCUCACACAUCUGCUAAAGAGUUGUUCCUCGAACAGCUUGAAAGUGUUCUUCAAGGGAGUGAAGCUUCCAUUAGUCACGAUGAACUCGUACAGAGAAGUCGAGAUCAGUCGGUAUCUGACUAUGUUGUUAUGUUCUUCAGAUUCGUUACCUCCGGUGAAAUACGCAAACGCUCGGAAUUUUUCGAGCCAUUUAUACUGGGUUUGACCAAUGCGACGGUAGAACAGUUUUGCAAGUCGUCUGUGGAACCAAUGGGCGAAGAGAGUGACCAUGUGCACAUUACAGCCCUGUCAGAUGCAUUGGGUGUGCCAAUUCGUGUUGUUUAUCUAGACCGCAGCUCAUGUGAUAAUGGUGUUGUAAGUGUAAAUCAUCAUGAUUUCACUCCUCUCACUGGUGAUCUGCCCGCUGAUGCUGCCACUGUUGGUGGCCCUGAGCCCAUCAAUCCAUUUAUUACCUUGCUAUACCGACCGGGCCACUAUGACAUUCUUUAUCUGAAAUGA